UUCUUGCAAAUAAUGUGGUCUCAGGCAAGGACACAGCAUCUUGGCUGUCUGCUAAAAAAAAAAAAUGCCUAGACUCUCAGUGGAAAUUGAGUGUCAAGCUGCAAAAUCUCAAAUGGCAGACUAUCAUCAUUUAAGAGCGCCUGGACACCGGAAAAGGCGAUUCCCUGAGCGCCUGGAGUUGGAGACAAUUUGUGGUUCAGAUUUAAACAUCUUUCUAGGUCUGCGCGGGGCGGCCAUUGGCGGCGGAGUGUCACGUGACCGCGGGGGCGUGCCAAUGUGCGCCCUCACGAGUGUCAAACCCCUGUCAGAGUGUGCGAUCAAGAUCGUGAAACAACGCGAUGCAAAAAGCGACCUACUACGACAGCUCGGCGAUCUACGGUGGCUACCCCUACCAGGCAGCCAACGGGUUCGCUUAUAAUGCCAAUCAGCAGCCGUACCCGUCGUCCGUCGCUUUGGGUGCCGACGGCGAGUACCAUCGACCCGCCUGCUCCCUCCAGUCUCCCUCCAGCGCCGGAGGCCACCCCAAGGCACACGAACUGAGUGACGCGUGCCUGCGCAGCCUGAGCGCCCCACCUAGCCAGCCUCCAAGCCUGGGCGAGCCGCCCCUGCACCCGCCGCCGACCCAGGCCGCGCCCCCUGCCCCACAGCCGCCUCAGCCCCCACCUCAGCCCCCUGCACCUACCCCUGCCGCGCCCCCGCCUCCCUCUUCUGUCUCUCCACCUCAGAAUGCCAGCAGCAACCCCACCCCCGCCAACGCGGCCAAGAGCCCCCUGCUCAACUCACCCACAGUGGCCAAACAAAUCUUCCCCUGGAUGAAAGAGUCUCGACAAAACACAAAGCAGAAAACCAGCAGCUCUAGCUCAGGCGAGAGCUGCGCUGGCGAUAAGAGCCCGCCGGGGCAGGCUUCGUCCAAGCGCGCGCGCACGGCCUACACGAGUGCGCAGCUGGUGGAGCUGGAAAAAGAGUUCCACUUCAACCGCUACCUGUGCCGGCCGCGCCGGGUGGAGAUGGCCAAUCUGCUGAACCUCACUGAGCGCCAGAUCAAGAUCUGGUUCCAGAAUCGCCGCAUGAAGUACAAAAAGGAUCAGAAGGGCAAGGGCAUGCUAACCUCAUCGGGGGGCCAGUCUCCAAGUCGCAGUCCCGUGCCCCCCGGCGCCGGUGGCUAUCUGAACUCUAUGCAUUCGUUGGUCAACAGCGUCCCGUACGAGCCCCAGUCGCCCCCGCCCUUCUCCAAGCCCCCCCAGGGUACCUACGGGCUGCCCCCCACCUCCUACCCUGCAUCCCUGCCCAGCUGUGCACCCCCACCACCCCCACAGAAGCGCUACACGGCGGCAGGGGCGGGCGCAGGGGGCACCCCCGACUAUGACCCGCACGCUCAUGGCCUGCAGGGCAACGGCAGCUAUGGGACCCCACACAUACAGGGAAGCCCCGUCUUCGUGGGGGGCAGCUACGUGGAGCCCAUGAGCAACUCUGGGCCAGCCCUCUUUGGUCUAACUCACCUCCCCCACGCUGCCUCGGGCGCCAUGGACUAUGGGGGCGCCGGGCCGCUGGGCAGCGGCCACCACCACGGGCCCGGGCCUGGGGAGCCGCACCCCACCUACACGGACCUUACUGCCCACCAUCCUUCUCAGGGAAGAAUUCAGGAAGCACCCAAGCUCACCCACCUGUGAUGGUGGGCUGGUGCUAUGCGCCAGGAGAGUCUCCCCCCACCCACCUUUUUUCUUUGGUUGCUUUUUUUUUUUUUUUUUUUUAGGUUCUUCCUGCCCUUUCCUUCCUUCCUUCCUUCCUUUUCUCUCUUCUCCGCCCCCGCACUCCUUUCCCGGUUUCCCCCCUCGUUGGGAAGGCGUUUUUAUAGUUUAUGUGACGUAGCAAUCUUGGUUGCUGGAAUGGCUGUAUCAGUAGCGAUAUUUAUCUCUUCCUGCUCCUCGAUAGGCCACUGGCCCUGCACCCUUUACCUUCUCCACUCUUUGAUCAGAAACAGGGUAUAUGAACAAAUUUUCUAGUCGAGUUUUCAAUGUGAAUUUGUUCGUACAUUAUGGCUCCCGAGGGGAAGCGAUUACUUUUUUUAAUUUUAAGUUUUUUAAUUGCACUUCUUAUAAAGAAUGAGAAAAAAAAAAAUCAAAGGCGCUUUGAAACAGGGGCUCCCUGUGCAAGGAUGACUAAGUGUACGUCUUUCCGUGUGUGUAUGCUGGUGAACAGUCAGAUUUAUUUAUAUUUUUUUGCAAGCAUUGAAUAAUCUAAGUUUUAAAUAUUAUUUAUCCCCAUCCGUUCGUAUUUAUAUUAAAGAAAUUCUGUACCCUGAUGGUUCAGAGGGUUCUUGGGCCUUUUGUUCAAUUGUGUAUUGGCGUACUUAGAAUUUUUUUUUUAUUUCAAAGGGAAGUAUAAUUCCUUUAAACGGUAAUGAUGCAAUAAAACCAGAGAAGAUCCAGCUUUUGAAAACAGUGAUUUAGGUUUGUAACAUCCGGCAAAACCGAAAAAAAAAAAAUCUGUAAACGCGAAAAAUACUAGAUUUGUUUUGAGAAUUCUACAUUCCUUGCUGCUCACAUUCUGAGAAACAAAAAGAAAUAAAGUUUUUAUUCUGAAUAA